AUGUCUGCGGAAUACGUGGACGUCCUCAUCGUCGGGGCGGGCUUCGGCGGCAUCUACCAGGUCCACUCCCUCCGCGACGCGGGCCUGUCGCUCAAGGUGGUCGAAGCCGCGCCAGACGUCGGGGGCACGUGGUGGUGGAACCGCUAUCCAGGCGCCAUGAGCGACACGGAAAGCUACCUGUACCGCUACUCCUGGGACAAGGAAGACCUGCAGACGUACCCGUGGAACGAGCACUACCUGUUCCAGCCCGAGAUCCUCAAGUACCUCAACCACGUCGUCGACAAGCACGACCUGCGCAAGUACAUGGAGUUCAACACGGAAAUGGUCUCGGCCGACUACGACGAGACGGCCAACACCUGGCGCGUCGGCCUCAAGACCGCCGCCGACGAAAACAACAACAACACCAGCAGCAUCCGCGAGAUCACGACGCGCUACCUCGUCACGGCGCUGGGGCUGCUCACCAAGCAAAACCGGCCCGACAUCCCCGGCCUCGACUCCUUCGCCGGCCAGAUCGUGCACUCGCAAUCCUGGACCCCCGACAUCGACGUCGCCGGCAAGCGCGUCGGCGUCAUCGGCAGCGGCUCGACCGGCGUCCAGAUCGUCACGGCGCUGGGGCCGCAGCCCGUGGCGACGCUGACCAGCUUCCAGCGGCACCCGCAGUACUCGGUCCCGAGCGGCAACAAGCGCGUCGAGCCGGCGUACCGCGCGUGGGUCAACGCGCACUACGACGACAUCUACGCGGAUAUGCGCUCCUCGAUGACGGCCUUUGGCGUGCCCGAGUCGACGCGCUCCUUCCACGACGCCGCGCUGUCCCCAUCCGACCGCACCGCCGUGUUCGAGGAGCUGUGGGCCCGCGGCAACGGGUUUCGCUUCAUGUUCGGCGGCUUCGCGGACCUCACGACGGACCGCGAGGCCAACGAGGCGGCGUGCGACUUUAUUCGGGGGAAGAUCGCGGCGAAGGUGCGCGACCCGGGGAAAGCAAGGAGGCUGAUGCCGCGCGAGAUGUACGCCCGCCGCCCGCUGUGCGACAACGGCUACUACGAGCAGUUCAACCGGCCGAACGUGGAUGUCGUAAACCUGCAGGAGACGCCCAUCGAGGCCGUGACCCCGGACGGCAUCAGGACGAGCGAUGGAAAAACCCACGCCCUCGACCUCCUCAUCCUCGCCACCGGCUUCGACGUCAUCGACGGCAGCUUCGCGCGCAUCCGGAUCCGGGGCCGCGACGGCCACUCCCUGCGCGAACACUGGGCCGACGGGCCCGUCAGCUACCUGGGGUUCUGCGUCGCGGGGUUCCCCAACCUCUUCACCAUCGGCGGGCCGCAGGGGCCGUUUUGCAACUUCCCGCCAGCGGUGGAGAGCGGGGUCGAGUUUAUCAGGGAGGCGAUCGGGAGGGCGGAGGAGGAGGUGAGGAGGAGGGAGGAGGAGGCGCGGAGGGGUGGAGAGGGGGGUAGUGGGGAUGGCGGGGUGGUGGUGGAGGCGACGGAGGAGGCGGAGAGGGGGUGGGUCGAGCUUUGUGAGAGGUUGUCGCGGGGGAGCUUGUUCCGGGAUACGAAGUCGUGGAUUUUUGGGCAUAAUGUCCCCGGGAAGCCGAUUGCGUGUAGGUUUUAUUUUGGGGGGUAUAGCAAGCAUUGUGACACGGUGAGGGAUGUCAUAGAGGGCGGGUGGCGCGGCUUCAAGCCGUUUGCGAAGAGUCGGGCGGUGCUCUGA